UUCACUUCCAUUUUCUGAACAUUAACAUUAUUGUCGUGCUGAAAAACAAUGGCUGAAGCAACAUCUUCUGCGUCCCAAGAUCUGUUUAACUGUCCUGUGUGUCUGGAGCCGCAGAUCGACCCUGUGUCCAUCCCUUGUGGUCACAUCCACUGCAUGACAUGCAUUACGAGCUUCUGGGAUCAAACCGGAGAAUACAGCUGCCCUCAGUGUCGACAGACUUUUGUGUCGCGGCCUGCUUUGUACAGAAACACCUUGCUGGCUGAAGCUGUGCCAGAAAUAAAAGAUGGUUUUAGUCCUGAACAGAGUGAUGCGGAGCCAGCAUGUGUGGUGUGUGACAUCUGCACCUGGAGGAAACUCAGAGCAGUGAAGUUUUGCCUCACCUGCUUGGCAUCUUACUGUGAGGAGCACAUCCAGUUUCACCAAGCGUCUGAAGCGCUGAGACGACAUGUGCUGGUGGAGCCAAACGGACAACUCCAGCAGAAAAUGUGCACAAGGCACCAGAAGGUUCUGCAACUAUUUUGUCGGACAGAUCAGACAGCAGUCUGCUACUUGUGCCUAACUGGUGACCACCUGGGCCAUGACGCCAACACAACUGAGGAGGAACGAGCAACAAAACAAAUUGAACUUGGGGUGACACAAUCAAAGCUCCUGAAGAGGAUUCAAGAAAAACAGAAGGAACUGCACCAGAUCCGACACAAUAUUGAUCUUCUCAAGAGCUCAGCAGAGAGAGAAACCCAAGAGAGUAGAAAGAUCUUUACCAGCCUGGUUUGCAUCAUUGAACAUGCUCAGAAAAAAGUGAUAGAACUAAUAAGACAGCAAGAGAACAGAGAAGUGGAGAAAGCAGAAAGAGCAGUGAGCCAGCUGGAGAAGGAGAUUGAGGAGCUGAAAAACAAAAACGCUGAGCUGACAGAGCUGUCAAAGACUGUCGACCACAUCCACUUCCUCCAGGUCUUUCCAACGUUGUACAUUCCUCCAGAGAAGCACCUUCUCAACAACAGUGCUGUCAAUAUGGAUUUCCCAUCCAAAGAUCUGAGAAAGGAACUAUCCCGCCUCAAAGAACACUUGGAGGAGAUCAGCCAAGUGGGAUUUGUGAGGAGAAUCGAUAGGGUCAGAGCACCUCCAGCAUCAAAUAUACGAGAGGACUUCUUACAAUAUUCCUGUCAACUCACCUUGGAUGGCAAAACAGCAAACAAAGUAUUGGCUGUAUCGGAAGAGAAGAGUAUGGUAGCAUGGAGGAAAUAUCCCCCCCGUCACAGUCAUGGACGUAAAAAGCCAUCUAUAGUUAUGCACCAGAUUAUGUGUGGAGAGAGCUUGGCCAGCACUCGCUGUUACUGGGAGGUGGAGUGGAGUGGAGAAGUUGACAUAGGACUUGUAUCUAAAGGAGUCGCCACCAAAGCAAAGCCCCAUUUUGGAGAUGAUGACAGGUCUUGGUGUUUAAGUUGUUCUUUUCGAUUGUAUUCCUGUUUUUCUGCAAGGCAUAACAAUGUGGAGACGAUAAUAACUGCCAACCGCUGUCCCAAAAUAGGGGUGUAUUUGGAUUAUGCAGCUGGGUAUCUUUCAUUUUAUAGCGUCAGUAACACAAUGUCCCUUCUGCACCAGUUUAAGGCCACUUUCCCCAAGCCACUCUGCCCAGGGUUUGCCCUUUUGUAUGGAUCAACUGUAAAUAUUUGCCAGUUGAAGUAGCUUGAUAGUCUUCACCAGUAAAAAUAAAUUAGGUUGUUACAUAUUGUGAGGAUACAUCAGAAAAUAACUGCAACGUGUUAAUGAUUAAAAUAUGAGUCUGCAUACCAUAAGCUUUUGAGCAUCUUUAGAAAAGUUUUGUUAGGUGGUAAGCUAUACAUGUGCCAUAUACUGUACCCAUACAUCCAUAUAACAAAGGCAUCAAUCCAAUCCACGGUCACAAGGUGCCAAAAGCCUUCCUGGUAGCAUCAGGCACAAGGCCAGAGCCAUCCCUAGACAGGGUGCCAUUGAAUCACAGGGAACACUCACUCACACACACACACUCACUCAAAACAAGCCAAUAACAAACUGAGGGGGCAAUUUCAGGACAGUUAAAAACUUUUGUAAGAUCUCAAACAGCAAACUAUUUGAGAUCUUACAAAAUGUCAUGAAGCAAACUGCAUUCAUCAAGUUAGGCAUAGGCAACCCGGCUUAAUCCCAUUACAGGACACAGCAGGCUGGAGCCUAUCCAUGGGACAUCAGCUUGGUUCCAUUAAACAGCCAUGGAUGGGAUGAGGGAGUCUGCUACACAUCACGUUUGCACACAGAAUCACACCAGACCAAAAUUAGCGCUGUCAACACACAUAUCAAUAUUCAGGAAAUCCAUAGUAGAUGUUUCAUUGAAUCAGAGAACAUUGUCAUUAUUUUUCUAUGAGUUUGUCUUUUGUUCAUAUUCUAUCACUGUCAUUAUUCUAAGGAGGUAUACAAGUAAGACAUUCUGUGCUCUUUAAGACCAAACAUAAGCUCCUCAGUGUGCUCUGCUUGUCUCUAGCACACUGCUAGUGACCUCUAGUGGACAAUAAUCUACAGUUACAGUGUAUGCAGUCCAACUCUUUCCAUUGGUGUGGCAAUGCACUCUAUCAGUGCAUGCUCCCAACCUCUGACCUCUGAUAUUCCCAAUCCAGGUGUUCCAGUUUCCUCCCACUGUCCAAAGACAGGCAAGUUAGGUGAAUUAGCAAUGCUAAAUUGGCCCUAGUGUGUGUUUAGUGUGUGUUUGGUGUGUGUGUGUGUGUGUUCACCCUGCAAUGGACUGGUGCCUUGUCAAUGGUUUGUCCAGUACCCCCAACAACCCUUGUCUAAAUUAAGCAGGUAAGAAAAUGACAAGACAUUUCCAACCCGUAAAAGCUAUAGAGUAGGUUAGGUAGACUUUGCCCUAUAGAUCUGUGGCUUCCUGGUAACAAUCCUUGCCUGUUAAAUCAGCAUUUCUCAGCCUUUAAGUAUUUGUGACCCGAGUUUUCAUAACAGUUUUAAUCGCUCCCCCCUAACGCUUUUUUGAA